AUGGCGCGCGGCUUAGUUGUGCUGUUCUCGCUUUUGUCAGUAGGCUUAUUUUGCCACUCGAACAGCGAAGAAGUAACCAAAUGCAUCGAUGGCCCUUAUCAUAAGGAUAUACCUUCCCCAGAAGGACCCGAUUAUGUUGAAUGCCACUCUUGGCGAGAAAAGAGCUGUUGUACGGCCAAUUUCACUGCAGAAUUGCAACGCAACAGGGUAGAGGUCCUGUAUAACUUCUCAUGGAAUCAUUGCAAGAAUUUGUCUCAGGUAAGGUUUACUAUCAGAGAAACCUUUUGGUUUCUUACGGAGGUUUGGAGCUGGCGCCCGGAGCUGACGUAACUAAACAACUCGAUUACCCACGUGUAUCUUGCAGGGACUUGAUAUCCGCGUUGAUCGCGUAUGCGUACGCAACAACAGCUCGAUGACCUCGUUAACUAAAAAAGAGAUAGGGAAUUUUGAAUUUUUUUUUUCGUUUUUUAUCUUGAAAGGCGCUCUUGACCUGGUCGGAUUUGUAGUAGAAUGACAUAGGCUGCGAUAGGAACGGCAAUGCAAGCGACUACCAUUCACUUGUCAGGUGAUCUGCAAACAAUUCGUCUAAGAAUCUACCCUGACAGAGCACUUAUUUAAAGCAGGCUCUGUCUAAAUAGGUUUGGUGAUUAUGUAAUUGUAUUGGAGUAGUUUUAGUAUAGAAAUAGUGUAUUUUAAGGCCUGAUGAAUUGUCAGUGUUUAGAUAAAGUUAUUAAUUCAUUCGUUCAACCUGAGCGGUUUUGGUCUCUUCAGAGUAGAAAAUGGCAUCCUUUAUACGGGCCUUUAUAGCUCUUGUUAUGCAUAUUUUAAUUACCCUGCAGAGGCUGCCAUUUGCCUUUGUCGCACGCGAAAAAAGAAACUCUUUAGAGGCGUAAGCGCGUAGUCUAUUACUAUUCUCGAGAACCAUCGUUCAGAUUAACCCAUGGACCUUUCAAGUUAUUUUACACAGUUAGAGAGAGUCGCGUCUUCGCGUCAUGACGUGCACCCAUGCACUAAACAGAUUCUUUUUAUUAUCUUUAACCUACUUUAAGUAUUUUUAUUGCACGAAUGUAAACAAAUAUUGAAUGAGGUUCUUGUGAUAUGCGGAAAAAUCAAGGUCGGGGAGACCGCGACCUUGAUUAUUCCGGAUAUCACAAGAACCGAAUCCAAUAAUUGUUUUUAUUAUACAAUGUUUUGAAGAAAAUAACGACGAAAACACCGAGCCAUGUUUUAAUGGCUGUGUACCAAAUGCCCCUGCAAUCUUGGACAAAAUAAAAUGGAACAGCAAACCCCAUCCCCCCCCGCCAAGGCAAGGAUGAAGGCGCGCGAAGGGCAAAAACGCACCAUUUUCCCAUCCUUGAUUUGGGGGGGGGGGGGGGUCUAGGUUUUCCAUUGAUUUUGUCCAAGAUUGUGGCUCUCGUGAUUCUGUCAUUGCUCUUGGAAAUCAUGCUUUGGGCUAGCAACCUGUCUUAUCUGUAGGUUGUGCUGAUUUCGAAAAUUUACUUAAGGCUCUCAUCUUAUGAGAAGAUGGAUAUUGAGUACAGUGUACUAUAAAAACGAAUUUUUGGCCUCCAGCCAAGCUAUUACCAUUAUAAAAAACGGGCGUGAUUUGCGGUCACGACUUAAUGAACUCUUUUUCAAAGAUCGUUUUGCAUCGCACACUGAUAUGUAUAAAUUCUAACGUUCCCGAACAUUCUGUAUAAUAACAGUCAAGAGCCUACGAAGGAGAAUAACCUUUCAGACGUUACUUCAAAGAAUUUUUCCAGCCCAGAGUAUUUUUGUACCCACCCCCACCCCCUUGCUCUUGUGGUCAAUAAAUCCCCCUCGUUUUUUAUUUUCUUAUGAGCGCUCAGUGAUCUCUAAAGAGAAAAUAAAUACUAUAAUAGAGGGACUGUAAACAGGCUCCUAGGGUUUUAGAGGCUUUUCUUGGGUGGGUAGACCUGUCCUCCAGGACAUGUCAAAAAUGCGCUAUUCUACUUUGAUCGUGAGACUUGUCUCUUGCUCGUUUAUACUGUAAACUUCCACUUAAAAUCCACCCAUUUAUAUUCCCACCCCCACCCCCCAGUUAUAGGCUCAUUUACCAGUAAACAGAAAAGGUACAUCCCUCUCGAGCUCUAGCUUGUAUUGGAUUCGAUUUUUUACGAGGUUUUGAAGCUCAAAAAGCGAGUAAAUUCAAAAAGUAUUUUCAUUUUGAUUAGCAUAGCCUGGGAGCAAGCUCUCCCAUAUGGGCAAGCGAAACUAGCCGCGCGAGAACGCUCGAGCGAAGGGGCUUUCUAGCCUGCGAGCAAGCUCUCCUGUUUGGGCGAACGAAGCGAGCCUCGCGAGAGCGCGCUUUCCUCUGCCCCUCGCGGCUUGGCCGCUCGCUCGCGCGUUCUCGCGAGACUCGCUUCGCUCGCCCAAAUAGGAGUGCUUGCUGGUAGGCUAGGGGCUUCCCCCGCCCCAUACUUUUGCGUCUCCUCUCGCGUGUCUACUUUUCACGAUAUCCUCCAAAUGUAGAGCUUGCUCGCAGGUUAGAUUAGCACUGCUUUGUAGCCCCCACCAUUUAUAAACCCUCUUAAAGUUGUGUAAGCUCAGGGCUUAUAAGCGAAAGUUUCAGUCGUGAUCUUCCCUUUUAAGGAUCGGUUUGCGGCUAUUUUAAUCUAUAAUAAUUUAAUUGUAACUAAGACACACAAUUAUAUUUGUUAUUUCCGCAUGAUGACAUAUUCAACAGGAUUGCGUGCAUUUGAAUGAGGGAUUACGACUAGCUAGGGGACACUUUGUAAUGUCUAUCCUAAAGGCCGGGCGGAAAUCCCAUUUGCGUGCAUUUCAUUUACAUUGUAAUUAUGCUUACAUUUGUUUAAAAUCCCGUAGAGGUGAAAUGUUUGUUAAGAAUACUGUCACAGCCGGUUUAUUUUUCUUUCUGUUAGGAAUGUGAGAAGUUUAUUAAAAAUCAAGAAUGCUUCUGGUCUUGUGAACCCAACCUUAUUAAGUGGCACGUUGGUGAGGGAGUCCUGAAGAUGGUGCCUAUAUGCGCCAAAUACUGUGAUGAAUGGUUUGACGCCUGCAAAUCGGACUACACAUGCGUCCAAGACUGGUUAAGGGGUUUUAAUUAUACCAACAGUAUCUACAGUUGUCCAACCAAUUCCUCCUGCCGCACUUUUCAAGAGGUCAGUGAUGAUUUUGUGUUCGUCAGGGGCAGGCAAAUUUAUUACGUUUCUGCCAAAGCAGUGCAAGCCCAGUGCGUUACAUUGGAUUUAUCGUGAAACUUAUGUAUCUUCAGCCUGCGGAGAAAACAUCCGGCAUUUCGCGACCCUACCACUGGUUUCGGAAACCAGUGGUGGCGUUGGCCGUCUCUGGCUAAUGCUACUUUAAAAGUUGACGCAGAUUAAAGUAAUAAUAAUAUAAUAAUAAUUAAAAAUUUAUAACGCGCCUUUUCCAUGCAUAUAUGAUCAAAAGCGCGUGACAACACGUAAAUGUUAAAAGAAAAUAAAAGCUAAAAUGAGCAAAAUAAUUAGGGCUAAGAAUAAACAACGCUAAAAAUUAAAUAAAGAUAAAAAAACACUAAAUAUAUUACAUAGUAGGUUAAAGAACACCUCUUCAAAGUAAUUAUCGAAAGAAAUCACUUGUGAGUUAAUCUUGAUGCUGAUCGGAGUUUUGUCAAAGAGAGCUGUUUUGGCUUGAUUUCACAACCGAAGUCGAGAUAUGAUAAGAGUUAACUAAAGAUGAUUCGCGCGUUUUUUCGACCGCCAAGUUUUAGAAUUUUUGAGAACACUUAAAAGUUCUGCGCCUCUACAGUGUAACAGACACAAAGUCUCCAAGGUGAAAAUUAAGAAGAACAAGACGCCUAAAGUCGUUUCCGUGGGGUUCGUGAAGCAUAAUGGCGUUCUAUCUUGGUUGAUGGAACAGAACAAAACAAAAGAAAACAUCCGCUUGCUUUAUCCAGGGUCGAACCGAGGGUUACAAAGUUCGAUAAAGUUCCAAUGUCUUAAUCCAAUUCCAAGAUGAAAGUUUAAUAUUCCAAGAUGCUCUUGAUACGGUUAAAAAUUAAUUGCAAUGUGUUUCCCAGGUCUCAAAGUUAACAUAGUUCCAAUGAUUAUCCCUGAUUCCAAGGUAUAAUAAGUUUACUCAUAUCCUGAUCCGUGUCCCAUCCAGAAGUCCAAUCCAUGCCGAAACUGAGUCGUCGAUCGACGAGGACAAUAUUUUCGCGAUUUCAACGCCAAUCGUCAAGGGUGCGAGUUGAAAUUUACGCGAUUUAACCUCCCAUCGUCAAGGUGUUUUCGAUAAGAAAAGAAAAAAACUGAACUCUAGCUGUGCUCGGCAAAAACUGGCGAACUCCGAAUAGAAAAAUCUAUCGGAAAUCACGGCCCGCAAGCAGACGCUACUAAGCACACAUACAUACACACUUUAUUUACUAAAACCUUAAUGCUGCGGCCUUCUGAACUAAAGCUAAUCGAAAAUGACAUUGAAUGUCCCAAAUGUUGGAAAGUACUAAAAAUUACUAUCAAUCUAUAGAGAGAACUCGCGGGAACGUUGUUUAAAAAUGAAAUAAACUUGGUUUUCCCAGUAAAUUGUAGUAGGUAGAAAUUCAGAUUGUUUAUCGAUAUAUUUAGUAUACGGUGUACUAUCUUUUCUCUGAAACACGAUACUUUCCUUGCUGUUUAUUGUUUAUUAAGUAACAGUUAUAUAGCUAUAUUUUAUAGAAAACAACAACACAAAAAACGGAAAAAAAAGAAAGAAGGAUUUUGGCUCGACGAUUAACAACCACUAUCCCAAACCAACAGGUAAGUUUGGGAAAAGUCUUUAGUUUAAUCCUUUUCCAUGAAACUUCCGCCGGCAGAUGAUCGCCAAUUUGGCAAUGUAAACGUUUCCACGGCAAUUAAAUGAAAGAACAUAAUUAUGCGUUCUUCAACGAGGACACAAAACAUAUGUUUUGUUGUCUCGAAUUUUGAAGCGAAUUAAAAAUCGAUCCACAGAUUUUUCUUACGAAUAGCAAUCUGACAUUUUCUUACUUUCACAUCACCUUCUAGCAAGCUGGAAUUUGUAUAUCCCCCGUGUUGCAGAGUCGAAGAGCAAAUGCUCAUCUUCUCGUCAGGUUUAACACCUCAGUGACCUGGAUUCAAAGGCUCUUGAAUUAAAAAGGGGUGGGUUAACCAUUACUCAUCUCAACUCCUGCGAAAUUUUUUUUUUUCUAACAGUGCUGUAGAAAAUUUGCUACAAAGAAAACUCUGAGUUUGGGCAGGAACGAUUUUUUUAUUUUUGUCCCCAAUGCAUAAAUACAAUGCAUUGUGGUAAAAGUGUUUAAGUGCAAUGCAUUUGUGCUGCAUUCGAGAAUUCAUCGCCCCUUUUUUUCUUCCGACAAGCGCUUGCCUGGAAAACUUUUUUAUGAAAAUCAUCCAAAAAAGAAUCCUUAGGUCGCCUUUCCCCAGUAUCAAGAGUCCUAAAAAUGGUUCUGGUUCUUCCAUCGAUUAAAAAUCGAUUCAAUUUUGUAGAUUUUAAGAAGAAUAAUCGAUAAAGAUUUUACGCAAUCAUAUUGGCUGGCUUUGCAAUUUUGGGUACAACCGAACCGGAUUUUUACCGUGGGAGUGCCACAGGCAUCCCACGGAAAUAACAUUUACACUCUCUUUGGUUAUCUUGUCUUGCUCGUAGAUACUUUUAUGUAUCUCAUCUGCCUUGAAGAUAUUUUACACGCAUUUGUUUCCUGCUUAGCUGUUCUCAUCUCAGUUGACUGUAAAUUGUUUUCCAUUUUGUCUUCAUAGUUCUACAAGAAUGGCGAAGGCUUGUGUAACACAAUGUGGGCGCAAUCCUUUUACUACGAAAAAAGUGACAACUGCAUGGUGAUGGAGUUCGCUCCCGGCAAAAACCCUAACGAUGCUGUGACCGCUUCAGCGCCGCGCUUCUCCACAUUUAUUCAUCCUGUGCUGAUGUUUGCUCUGCUGAAGAUUUUCUAG